GAUUCCGGUGCACGGACAGCUCCCGGUGCUGAACUCGCCGUCUGUCCCGCGCCAGCAUGGAGGCUCGAGCUCCCGGAGCGCGCUGGAGGCUGCUCGCGCUGUGCUGCUGCUGCUGCUGCUGCGGGUUCCUGCUGCCCGCGAGCCGCGCGCAGGACCUCGGCCAGACCCAGUUCAUCUGUACCUCCGUCCCCAAAGACCUGGACCUGUGCGCGGCCACGCUGCAGAACAGCGUUCCGGGGGAGGACCUGAAGAGCACCGUCCUGCAGCUGCGCGAGACCGUCCUGCAGCAGAAGGAGACCAUCAUCAACCAGAAGGAGACCAUCCGCGAGCUCACCUCCAAACUCGCGCGCUGCGAGAGCCAGAGCGCGCCGGAGGCGGGGGAGCUGCGGGGGGGCGGGGGGACAGGAGGAGGGAGGAGGAAGGAGUCCGGAUCUAAGAACACUAUGGGGGAUGUAUCUCGGGGUCCGCCCGACACCCUGACCCAGCUCUCCCAGACCCUCCAGUCCCUCAAACAGAGGCUGGAGAACCUGGAGCAAUUCAGCCGCAACAACAGCUCAGUGCAGGCGAACAGUCUGAAAGAUCUUCUCCAGAGUAAGAUAGAUGAUCUGGAGAAGCAGGUCUUGUCCCGCGUCAACAGCCUGGAGGAGGGCGCCAAGCCCGGCCAGCGCAACGACACGGAGCAGCGCGCGCGCGUCGAGUCCACUCUCACCUCCCUGCACCAGCGCAUCACCGACCUGGAGAAGGGUCAGAAGGAAAACAGGCCUCUGGAUAAGUUCCAGCUGACGUUUCCUCUGAGAACCAACUACAUGUACGCCAAGGUGAAGAAGAGUCUGCCGGAGAUGUACGCUUUCACCGUCUGCAUGUGGAUUAAAUCCAACGCUUCUCCAGGAGUGGGAACGCCGUUCUCCUACGCCGUCCCCGGUCAGGCCAAUGAGCUGGUUCUGAUUGAGUGGGGGAACAACCCAAUGGAAAUUCUCAUCAAUGACAAGGUCGCGAAGCUGCCGUUUUUGAUCAAUGAUGGGAAAUGGCAUCAUAUCUGUGUUACCUGGACGACGCGUGACGGCGUGUGGGAGGCGUUUCAGGAUGGAGUGAUGAGGGGCAGCGGAGAGAACCUGGCUCCGUAUCAUCCAAUCAAACCGCAGGGAGUGCUGGUGUUAGGACAGGAACAGGACACUCUGGGCGGAGGGUUCGAUGCCACCCAGGCGUUUGUGGGCGAUAUGGCAAAUUUCCACAUCUGGGACCGGAAGCUGACAGUGGGCGAGAUUUAUAAUCUGGCAACCUGCAGCAGUAAAGCACAAGUGGGUAACGUCUUCUCCUGGAUGGAGACCAGCCUCGACAUCUACGGAGGAGCAUCCAAAUGGACAUUUGAGGCUUGUCGCCAGCUGAACUGAUCUAUAUGGGAAUUACAAAGAAAGUAACAAGAAUUAGGAGUUUCUGAGUUCAACCAUCGUCAUCCAGUCUGGUCGUUCAUCUUCAAGUGUCAUUCAGAAGAUUCAGAGACAAACACGGACACAAUCAACCAAUCAACCAAUCAAACAACCAACAAACCAACCAACCAACCAAUUAACCAAACAUCCAACCAACCAAAUUUUUGUUUGUAGAUUGAAUGAGUUCCUUUGGACUCUUGAGCGUAUUUUUCUUGGAUUUUGGAUUUUAGAUUUUGAAGAAGAGUCUAUAAAGGUUUUUACGGUGAGUUUUGGUUUUGAAGGCACUGUGUUUUUACUCUUGGUGUUUUUUGAUCUUCUGCUGGGCGAGUGAUGCCUUACCGGACGGUUGGUCUACUUUACACGACACAGCGAAGACUUCAGUUCUGAUAGUGUGGAUCACAUGACCUGUUUUUAGCAUUGGGAGUCGUGUAGUUUUACGUUAGAUUUGUUUAGUCACAUAGGAACCGGUUAAGAAUCCUCCCUCACCCCUGGAUACUCACUGUGAACAAUGCUACUCAACGAUACUCAUCGAUACUCAACGAUACUCAACGAAACGGAAGCGGAGGAAGAAUGUACCGAACCAAAACACGGACCAAAACGAUACGGCGUCUUAUUCUUUCCUUACGAAUCUUACGAUUGUUUCUUUCUUCUCACCACCUGCUUGAAGUUGUUUUGGAUGUGUGUGUGUAUUUGAGUGUGUGUUUGUGUGUGUGUUUGUGAGUGUGUGUAUUUGAGUGUGUGUUUGUGAGUGUGUGUAUGUAAAUGAAUGUGAAUAUGAAUGAGUGUGUAUUUACUAAUUGCCAACAUGUUAAAAGCCUGGGUGCCUUUGGGCUGUUGAAGUAUCUCAGACUGGAAUCAUUCUUCAUCACUUGCGAUGUUCUCGUUCGUUCUCGUGUGUUUAUUUCUUUGUGUAACUACUGAUUUCUGAAACUACGUUGAUUCCGAUCACGACACGUAUUGAUUGAGUUGGGCGACGGAAGCGGCGAGUGAUUUUUGGAGGCGGUUUGUUUGAAGCACAGUUUGUUCGGCUGGUGUUUGUAUUUUCUAAGGAAUGUUCUCUGUACAGAAAACAGCAUGAUAGUCCAAAAUGCUGCAAAAAGCAUAAAAAAAACAGAAUCCGCUUUUCCUAUGCUCCUUUUGGGUUGAGAUUUUAUACUGUAUUGUUAUAUGCUAAAAGCAUGGCAGCACUGAAAGAUAAAAAAAGAUCUAAUUUUUGUAAUAAAAUUGUGAUACCUGAAACAGCA